UUACUUACUUUGGGUAGUAAUAUUUUUAAGGAAAAACUAAUAGUAAGGUAUAUGGAAAGAUGCUAACGGUACUGAGCGCAAAAGGCCAACGGACGAGGCGUGGGGAGUCACAUUCUAGCCGAGUCUCAAGUUAACUCGUACGGGUUAUAUUUAUCAUACAAGUUAUGUAUAAAUACGACAAUACAAAUAAAAGAUAAAUAUCCUUUAUUUAUUCGUAAACAGUACCGCGAACGAACGUGAUAAUGGAAUUGUUAAAGAAACACGAAGUUAAAAUAAUCCUAGAGAAAUGCGGUUACAAUAAUAUUGAUUCUUUUCAAUACGAAUUGCUAAAUUAUUCGGAAGAACUCCUCGGUUAUUUGGGAGAACAUUUAAAGUUGAUUAUUGAUGUUAAAUCGGAGAUAGAAUGUCGUGUGAUUUUAUUCGUGAAAUGUAUACCGAGAUUUGAUCUGUAUAAAGCUCAAUAUUUACAUGAAACUACAUUCUUCAAAAAAGAGUUUGUUUUAUUAAGUUCACUUUUCAACCAAUUUACGAAAUAUGAAGAGACAAGAAAAUGGCACCCAGACUUGCUUUACGCAAAAGAUAAUGCUUUGGUCUUCGAGGACGUCACCGAAAUCGGUUACACAAUGCCGGACUGUAAAAAUACCUUCACUUACGAAGAAACAGUUGCCAUUGUGGAAGCUAUGGCGAAAUUCCAUGCACAAUCAUUCAUAUUCGAAGACAAGAAAUCUAAAGAACUGAAAAGACCCUAUAGCAUAUGGGAAGACUUUAGCGAAAGUUUGAGCGAACCAGUAAGAGGGCAACUGUGGAGGGACACCGGACGAAACGGUGUUAUAGACUUCUUAAAGUCAUAUUCCGCGUACAAAGAUGAGUCAAACUUCACGUUACUGGUCGAUAAUAUUAUUCCUGACUUAUUUGAUCGCGCCAAAAAUUCAACCAAACCCUCGCCACAUAAUCGAAACGUAGUUAUCCAUCGUGAUAUUUGGGCUAAUAACGUAUUCUUCAAAUCUUAUAAUGGUGAAUUGCACGCAUUAAUGGUUGAUUUCCAGACUGCGUUGUAUGCGUGUCCGAUGUUAGACUUAACCGCAGCUAUAUUCAUCAAUACAAGAAAGGAAUUUCGUUUAACCCACACACAAGACAUGUUAGAUGUAUAUUAUAAUUGUCUUAAAAAUACAAUGGAAGCUGAAAAUUUAAAUGUGUCGGAAUUUAUUACUAGAGAGCAAUUGUCGGAAGCGUACGAAGAUAGUAUAUUGUUUGGUAUCAUUCAAGCAUCGCUUAUAGUACCAAUAAUAUUGAUACCUGCGGAGAUUAUAAAUGGGGUUCGUGAUGGAGGUGACAAAAAUCAUGAAUUUGAUUCAAUUUCCCGAAGCGGUUAUUUCAUAGACACAGCUAAGAACAACGAACGUUAUUACGAAAGAGUUGUGGAAUUAUUUGAUGAAAUCGUAGAGAGGUACAUUUUACCUAUCUUGAAAUCAAAACAAAUCGUCUAAAGUCUGU